CCCCCGCCCAACAUGUCCGCAUUACCCAGGUCAAUUGGCUCGCGAAUGCUCACAGCCGCCGUUCGGCCUUCAGCGACAAGAGUCAUUGUCCCGAAAUAUCGCACUUACGCCUCUGAACCACCUUCCACCGAGGCGCCAUCGAAGACCAGCUCCGGCGAUGCGCCUGCUACGAAGCUCACUGAAUCGAGCCAGAUCCGACGAGAGGGCCCAGUUGAGGGAAAUGUGAGGCACCAGCCGGAUUACAAUGUUGCUGUGGACUACCGAACCUCGAACUUCUCUCCGAUUCCGAAGCGGGUAAUGGAUGGAAGUGAGCCUGGAGAAUCGGUAGCUGCUGCCGUACUUUCCGGCGUUCCGAUAGAUCUGCAGGCGCGAACUGUUCGGAUCUAUCGCCCUACCAAAACGGCAACUCAGUCCGGCGACUGGCAUUCACACCACUGGCUGAUGGACUGGGAUCCGCUUCCGAAGGGACACCGAUGGGAGAACCCACUGAUGGGCUGGCAGUCGUCCGCCGAUUUCAUGCAGGGCCACCGGAUGCAGUUCAAGAGCAAGGAGGACGCGAUCAACUUUGCAAACAAGCAGGGCUACGAGUACUUCGUGCAGGAGCCGAACGAGCGGAAGUUCGUCCCCAAGGCAUAUGCGAACAACUUCACCCACAGCCCAGGAAAGUUGAAGAUUGUCCGGACGAAGUAG